UACUCGCAGCGCGUCGUCCUCACCACCUACCCGGGCCAGGUCGGCAUCAACCCGAUCCCGCUCAACUGGGGCGCGCCGACGCCCGAGCAGCGUGGACCCGUCGUCGCGUCGAGGCAGCCCAAGUCGCUCAAGGUCCGCAACGCCAUCGGCGCGUACGGCGGCUCGUACUCGGUCUACCGCGCGCUCGCCUCCGCGAGUGGCGCCGUCGACCCGAACCACCGACCCGACUAUACCAACACCGAGCCGCCGUUCACGAUCGCGCACAACCCGGCGUGGGACGACCCGAAGAAGAUUGGCGCGAUGGACCCGUACGGCCACUUGGCGCCGACGCUCUUCAAGUCGUACUUUGACGCCGGCAUCGACGUGCGGCCGACCAUCUCGAUGACGCGCGCCCACCUCAAGCUGAGCGACUUUGACGACAUGGUCCGCAACGGCACGCUCGAGGUCGACGGCAAGAUUGUCCUCAACGUGUCCAAGGCGGCCAUCGACCCGGUGUGGAACCUGCCCGAGAUUGCGAGGAGGUUCGGCGUCAGCGAGGGAACGCUUCGUCGGUGCCUGUUCGAGGAGUGCGGCGGUGCCCUGCCUGAGCUUCUCACGCGCCACGACAUCAAGACGUACCUGCCCCCGAUCGGCGGCAGCACGGCCUACAUCUUCGGCAACCCGGACCUGAUCGCCAACCCGGAAACCGAGAUCACCGUGCGCGUCCACGACGAGUGCAACGGCUCGGACGUCUUCAGCUCGGACGUGUGCACCUGCAGGCCGUACUUGAUGUUCGGCAUCGAGGAGGCCGUCAAGUGCGCGCAGCGAGGCGGUGUCGGCAUCGUCGUCUACUUCCGCAAGGAGGGUCGUGCGCUCGGCGAGGUCCUCAAGUACCUCGUGUACAACGCCCGCAAGCGCUCGGGCGACAACGCCGCCGACUACUUCCGCAGGACGGCCGACAUUGCCGGCGUCGAGGACAUGCGCUUCCAGGUCCUGAUGCCGGACGUCCUGCACUGGCUCGGCGUCAAGCACAUCCACCGCCUCGUCAGCAUGUCCAACCUCAAGUACAACGCCAUCACUGGGUCCGGCAUCACCGUCGGCCUGCGCUACGAGAUCCCCGAGGACCUCAUCCCGCCCGACAGCCGUGUCGAGAUUGACGCCAAGAUCGCCCAUGGCUACUUCAGCAAGACGCAGGUCGUCAACCUCGCCAACACGUCGGGCCGCAUGUGGGAGGACCUCGCGCACUAG